GUAUACACCGCCAGCUUUUGGAUGGGCGCAUUCCAGGGCCCAACCGCUAAAAAACACCGAUUGUGGUCGAGCAGCUGGCCCUUACUGGAGGGAAUCAACAACGGUGGUGGCUAUUAAACAGUACAUUUUAUGAUUUUUGAUCGUUUCGUUUCUCACCAUCCUCGGCGGCUUUCUGUGCCAGCUCCGCCAACGUUUCUGCAAACAUGGAGGUGUAUGUCCUUGGACCAUGUCAAGCGACCCAUCGCAAAAACGCGUUCAAUAUUGGAAUUACACAGUCCGACAAAAAACAUUCUAUAUUUUGCUGGCUAGGAACUGGGAUGGGCGCAAUUUGUCCUUCAACCGCCAGCGCUGAACAACGCCACACUUGUUUUUGUAUUUCUUGACCAGCGGCCCCUUUGGCAAAAAGGCCGCGUUGCCGUUUCAGACGCUUUGACAUGGCCCUCUGAUGUCUCACGGCAAAGAAGAGCCGAGUGAGCACAAAAGGCGCCCAAUUCCAAGCUUUGGAAGACAAAUGAAUUCCCUAGUUCUUCAGCAGGUGGCAUCCGACACAUUCAUUGCCUGCUUUCAAUUGCCGAUCCAACCCUGGCUCAUUGCCUUUCGAAUGUUGAUUGGUUGAAAAUCUCUCGUCCCCAUUGAGUACCAAAAGGUCGCGCGAAUAGCGUCAAUAGUGAACUGCUUUUACAGAGAAUUCAGUCGGCAGGGCCUAGGAAGCGAUCGCGGAUCCUUCUGCAACAGUUGAAUGUUGAAAGACAUGACAGGGGGCCAUUCAGGGCUUUGCAGUGAGGACUCCUUAGCAAGGGCUGGCAGAUCUAGUGAAACACAAACUCGCUGGACUGGACAGAUUGCGUUUGCAAGUCCCUUUUAUGGCCGUGACACUUUGAAAGUAGCAGCCUCGCAUAGCAUUGCCCACAAUCUAUUCUGCGCAGCUCUCGCGAAAAAACUGUCGAUACCCCUGGCAAAUUCUGAACUAAGACGCUGCUCUCAAAGAGCUCAGAGACCCAAACGUCCCGAACCAUCAUCCUCAACCUUCUCCUUCUCGUCGUGGCUGUUUCGUAGGGGAGCCUUCCUCUUGUUGGGAGGCUUCUGUGGAACAACAUUUGUGUGGUCGGUAGCCCCGACCAGCUUCCAAGCAAUCAUGGCCUGGUUGUCCUUCUUGAUGUUCAGCAACUUCACGUAGGCUCCCUCAAUGCGAGAAGAAAUACAUUGGAGGCUGUAGAGCGUCUUUUAGCAUUGCCCCGAGGAGUUUUGUGUUUUUUUGACACAACGGUCAUCAGAUCGUGGCAACGCUCAUGACAUGAUUGACAGACGGCGCGCCUCAGUCCAAGAGUGUGGGACGAAGAAAGUUGUUGGAUGAAA